ACGAUGUCCGCGGAGACUGGAAAUUUGUGCGGCCUCCAUUCCUUCAAGUUCAGCGGCUUGGCCAACAAGCAGGUGGUGGGGCUCGCCUCCACCAAGAACGGCAAGAAGGAGAACAUCAUUCUGACAACGCGCCACAAGAAAGAGUCGAAGUCCAACGUGCCAAAGUCUCUGUACCUCGAGAAGGGCAUCAAGAAGGCCCCCAAGAAGGGCGCCGCGCAGCUGGAGAAGGCGCUGGGCGCGGGCCACUACCGCAAGGACCUCCUCGACCUCGCACUGGCCAAGUACGCCAAGAUCAAUACCUCGUUCAAGAAGAAGAAGCUGACCGUGAAGUCGCGCCGCGCGGCGUGA